AACGAACUGUUUUCUAAAUACAGAUAUUGCACUCAUGGAAAACGUGAUCUUUCUCGUCAUUGUUCGUGGAUUAAUAUUCGUUACUUAUGCGAUAGCUUUCUGUUCGGGGAAUGUAUAAAUUGCAAUCUUGAGUAGACGAAUACUGCGUUACUGCAAUACCGGAUGGUCUACAUAAAAUAGAAAUGGCUGAUACAAAACAGUCGCAAAUCGACCGAAGUAAUGCUGCAAAGGAGCGAUUCCGGCGAGCAGCUCGCAAGGUCAAGAAUUACUGGAUAUUUACUAGAAGGUCUAGUUUUGAGGGUUUCUUUGCAUCAAAGGGUUCAGCCUUUGCCUUACCUGAUGGAGACUUUGCAAGAAAAGCAUCCAAACAUGGAGGAGAGAUGCAGAAACAUCUGCAGUCCAUGGUCAACCUUCUGAGAGAUGAUGACAUCUUACGGCUGGUUGUCAAACUUGAAGCGAAAAUGCCAGAAAGAGUUCGGUAUUUGACAGUAGUCUCUUCCUUUAAUGAUGACGAUAUUGAAGAAAGUAUUGCUAUGGGUAUAGACACAGACAGCAAGUCUGGGUGUACAAUUGGGCUAGUUCUUCCCUUAUUGAGAGAUACAAUGAUCGAGUUUGAUGGUGAUGGGGGUUUUUGCUUGUGUUCAAACUACAGGAGACACAUCCUUAAGCCUGUAUCUGUUCAAACAAUGUGGACGGCAGUACAAUGGGUUCAUCGGUGUGGAGACAAUGCCAGGAAGAACAAUCAGUUCCCAAGUGGACAGUCCCACCAGUGGACUACUUACUAUUCCAGUAGAAUAUCCUCUGAACAAUCAUGCAUUAAAGAAUGGCUUGAGAUGGAAGAUGUUGACUCAGUACUAUUUGUACCUCCAACAGGAACAACGCCAGAGCAGGAAUUAAUGAUGAAACUCAUUCGACACAAGCUCAGAGAAGUAAUGAUGAAAGUCGAUCUUGAAGAUGUGACAAGUAGACAGAUUCGUAAAAAUCUGGAGGAAGAAAUGCAAAUGGAUCUCAAAGAAUACAAACAGUACAUUGAUGAAGAAAUGUUGACCAUUCUUGGACAGCUUGAUAGUGCUUCACAGAUAUAUGACCAUGUUUAUUUGGGUUCUGAAUGGAAUGCAUCAAAUCUAGAGGAACUAAAACAAAAUGGGAUUGGAUAUAUUUUAAAUAUUUCAAGGGAAAUAGAUAAUUUCUUUUAUGGAACUUUUAAAUACUUCAAUGUUAGAAUCUAUGAUGAGGAAGAAUCCGACCUCAUGUCUCACUGGGACAAAACUUACAAAUUUAUAAACGAGGCCAAAAUAAAUGAAUCAAAAGUCCUUGUACAUUGUAAGAUGGGCAUGAGCAGAUCAGCAUCAACGGUGAUUGCAUAUGGAAUGAAAGAGUUUGGCACUUCUCUCCAUGAUACAAUGAAGUUUGUCAAAUCAAAAAGAGCUUGUAUCAACCCAAAUGCUGGAUUCUGGAAACAGCUGGUGACUUACGAGGGGAUUUUGAAUUCAAGCAAACACAGGUACAACGAACUCUUCACAAGUGGUCGUCGACGGACAAACUCAGCUGAUUUAGAAGGAAGAAAAGGCGUAAAGCGACGACGACAUCGCCGUAAAAACAAGUCCAAAACUGUUACAAUGGGUGCCAAGAUAGAUACUGAAGUCAUCACAGAGGACACUGGUGCUUGUACAUCGGAAAGAAGUGUCUUCAGUGAUGAAGAAGCCGAUCAAGACAUGAGUAGUCCUUCAUCUAGUGGCUGUGAACCGUCCGAUGACGCUUUAAAAGACUGGGAGAAAACCAAUGUUUGCAGCAACCCAAGUAGCCCGUGCAAUUCAAGGUCAGAAAUCCCUGAUUUUAGUAAAGAUGAACUUGACGACCAAAUUGGUGGAUUGGUAUCUGCUGGGAAAGAAAGAAAACAAAAAAAUUCUACUCUUCAUCGUGCACACUCUGUCCCGUCUUUAAUCAGUGAUGCCUCGAAGACUUCUGAAGGCGAGGAUGUUACAGAGAAGGAAGAGGGUUUACACCGUUGUAACUCAUUAAGGGAGUUCCUAAGUGGAAAGGUUGCUGCAUUGAAAAAGGAUUAUACUUCGGGGUCUUUAGGCUCAGUCCAGAAGAAGCACAAGAAAAAAUCUGAUUCGCCCGAAAAGAAACCCGAAGAAGAAGCCGUAACCGAGGUCAUCGUUGAGAAAACUAAGUUACGCAGUACUUUGAGUGAUCCAACAAGCUCUACGUCUUCAGAUGCAAUUAAUGUGAAAUCCGAAGACGAAACUAUGAAGGCAGAGAAAGAGGACGUCGGAAGCUCUCCGGAUCAGAGUCAUAUCGUGGUCCAUCGUGACGCGCAUGAUGUUGUUAAGAGUGGAAUAGUAAAACGUCAAUCUAGAAACUUUGAAGAAGGAAAAGUUAAUUUGCCUUGGGAUUUGGAAGAGACUUUGAUUGAACCGAGCGCUAGAGAAGACGUAGAAGACGCAAAAAUGCAAGAAAACGAGCCAAUGAAACCAGAGGAACAACCAGUUACAGAAGAUGAACCGCCAAGUGGACUUGUAAAAAUGCAUGCUCAAAAAUUCCAAGGGAAUUUCUCUCAAGAGGCAAAAAACAGUGGCUCUGAUUGCGAGGAAGAGAAUGAAAGCAAAAUCGUCUCGCCCGACCGAGAAAUAAGAGUCGAGUCGCUAUUUCCAAGUAAUAAUCCCAGAAAGGUUGUUGUUCUCGAUGCAAAUUCGACUCCCAUCGUACCGGAAUCCAAAGACUCGGUAGAGAGUGAUAGGAUAAGACAAGAAAUGCUGAAAGCUAGGGCACUGUUUGAGCAGGACGUGUUGAAAGUCAACGAAGAUAUGUUACAAGAAAAGAUGAAGAGACGGAGUUACUUGAACAAGAAGAGUACGGAAGAAGUUGAAAGUCAAGAAAAAGUUGAUUCUGUCUCCACUUGUGAAAACCAGGAAUGUUGUUCUGAAGUGUGUGAGGAUGUUCAAGAUGUGGAUGAAAGCUCACCUAACGAAGACCCCCGUCCUGGAACUGUUCUAAAACAUUUGAAAGCGAUAAAACAUAAAUAUGGCGCAACAGUCUCCACUAAAUCAGGAGUUGACGAAGUGGAAGAGGAUUCACCCCCAAAAGUCAAAAUCGAACACGAAUCUCUUGGAGCUUCAAAGAAAGUUUAUGUGACUCAAAAGAGUGAGGAUAAAGUUAGUUAUAAGGUUGAAAAUCCUGGGAAAUUAGAAACCAAGUCGAACGAGAAUGACCCCAUAGACGCUGAUUUGUUGCUACAAAAAGUGAACGAGGACAUGAAAAAGGAAAAAGAGCAACGAAGAACAGCUGCAGUUUCAAGCGACUUAAGCGUUUUCGAUACCUCAGGUGAAGAUAAAAGCACGCUCAAAGACGUAACACCAGAGGAUGAAGAUGCCGAAUCUUUGAAAGAGCAAGAUGAAAGCGAAACCAGUGAAAUUCCUCGUCCAGGCAUUGUUAAGAGAAGUACGGACUUGUUAUUAGGAAAAGUUCGUCUCGAAGAAAAGUUGCCGGCGCAAGCGGAAGUGGGAGUUGAAGAUACGACAGAUGCAGAUAACACAAAUCCACACACUCCAACUGCGGAGACUGAAAAUUUAAAAGCUGAGGAUAAAAAGGAAACGGAUGAUGUUGUUGAUUCUUCGGGGAUUGUGAGCGUUAAAUUGCGGCUAAAGUUAAUGGAAGAAGUAAUCCAGGGAGCAAACGAGCGAGAAUGUCAUAAACAGCGAACGAGGAGCGCUCUUGCUGCGUUAGAGGAUAAAAGAGAACGUAUCGAAAGCGAACAGAUAAAAAGGGAGAGUGAAAAUGCGAUGAAAGAACGAGAGGAUAGCAACCUGUCAGCUGUAGAAGGUGAUUGCAGCGAUAGCGUAGCUGUGGCAAGGGAAAAAAAGACAUUUUUCAUUGUUAGUGAUGAUGGAGAAGACCUAACAGCAAAAGGUAACGAUGAAAUGACUAAAGAUGAUUUGAAUGCUGAAGAGUCUCUUGUUGUUGGGAAUGUAAGACUCAGGACCUUAUUGUUAGAAGAGCGCAUUCAUAGCUCAAAUGAAGACUUCAGUAAAUCCAAACCUGGAGUAUCCGUACGAAGGCACGAGUCAAUGCCGAGAAGCACCCGACCAGUCGACCGGCCUGUUGUUCGGCAAAGGUCAUUGUCUGAUCUCAAUACGGGAGAUAAACCAUCGACUUCUUCAGGCAUCGUUGCGUCGACCAAUCGUUGGUCCCUUGACUUACGAAAAGACAAAAACAGAAUUGCCAAAUUGAUUGGAAAUCAAGACGAUGAGCUCCCAGACAAUGAUAGAGAUUCCGAAAAAUUCAGUGACGACAUGUCAGAAAAAUCUGACAAAACUGAUGACUGUCUAUCAAAGCCGGCAGUGGAUAUAUUUGAACUGGGGGAUAAAGAUUUAGAACUUUCAAAAGAAGUGAUUCAAAUUCCAGAUUUAGACAAUAAAGACAUUGUGUAAAUAUUACAGUAAAGCAUUGCUUAGRAAAAGAGUUCUGACAAAAGUUAUUGUGAUUAAGCUUGAAAUGUUAAAAAUAUUAUUCAAAGCUAUUAUUUUUAAUACUUUAAAAAAGUUCGUUUUAGAAUUACAUUUAGCAGGAAAAAUAGUGGUGAGACAAAAAUUGUAAUUUUCUAUCCAUUUGUAUUUGUUUACAUUAAUUCUGUAA